AUGGGGAACACGUGUUGUGUUGCUCCUCGUGACAAAAUGAUCCUCCUGCCUAACUCAUCAUCAGCUGCUGAGAGGAGGCAUUCUCCUACUUGGAGUUUCCGCUGGGAUAAUAAUAAUAGAGGCCGUGUAGCUGGUUCCUCUUUGGACAGCUUUCGGACACAGACGAUGCAGAAGUCUCCGGCCUCAGAUUUAUCUUUUUCAAGAAAUUCUUCCAUUGAUACAGUCUUUGAGCAGAAAGAAAAGGAUUUAAUAGAAUCUGCAGCACCUUCAUACCCAUCUCCUGCACAAUUGUCUCUUUCACUUGCUUCACAACCAUCUUCUUUCCCAACGUCACCACUUCCCUCCCAGAUCUACUAUCACCCUGCAAGUUCAUCGACACUUAAUCCAACACAGCAAGUCUCCGAUGGUAAGAUCUGUGGAAUGAACUCACUUAGCAGAAGCUCAGCAACUGAAGAAGAGGAAAAGGGAACUCCUUUUAGAGUAAUUCAUAUACUACCACAGUAA